GCGUGCUUGGCAGAGCAGGGAGGAGGAAAGGGAUGCAUGGUCAUGGAGGCUAUGACUCUGAUUUUAGUGAUGAUGAACACGGUGGAGAAUCUAACAAAAGGAAAAAAAGGACAAUUGAAGAUGAUUUAUUGCUCAAAAAGCCAUUUCAGAAAGAAAAACAUGGAAAAGUGGCCCAUAAACAAGUUGCAUCAGAAUUGUUGGAUAGGGAAGAAGCAAGAAAUAGAAGGUUUCACCUCAUAGCCAUGGAUGCUUAUCAAAGGCACACAAAAUUUGUAAAUGACUAUAUUUUAUACUAUGGUGGCAAAAAAGAAGACUUUAGGCGAUUGGGGGAAAAUGACAAGACAGACAUGGAUGUUAUACGAGAAAAUCAUAGAUUCCUAUGGAAUGAGGAGGAUGAAAUGAACAUGAAUUGGGAGAAGAAACUUGCAAAGAAAUACUAUGAUAAAUUAUUCAAGGAAUACUGCAUAGCAGAUCUCAGUAGAUACAAAGAAAAUAAGUUUGGAUUUAGGUGGCGAAUAGAAAAAGAAGUAAUUUCAGGAAAAGGCCAGUUUUUCUGUGGAAAUAAAUGUUGUGAUAAAAAAGAAGACUUGAAGAGUUGGGAAGUUAAUUUUGGUUAUGUUGAGCAUGGUGAGAAGAGAAAUGCGCUUGUUAAAUUAAGGUUGUGCCAAGAAUGUUCCUUUAAAUUAAAUUUUCAUCACAGGAGAAAAGAAGUCAAGUCAAAAAAAAGAAAGGAUAAAACCAAAAAAGAUUAUGAAGAGUCAUCACAUAAAAAAUCUGGAUUAUCUUCUGCAGAAGAGACCUCUAAGAAAAAGGAAAAAGGGCAUUCAUCCUCAAAGAAGUCAGAAAAUUCUGUAAACAGAAAUUCUGAUGAAGAAGAAGGUACUUUAGAAUCUGAACUUUGGAAGGGCCCUCUACCAGAAACAGAUGAAAAAUCACAAGAAGAAGAAUUUGAUGACUAUUUUCAAGAUUUAUUUCUGUGAGAUGGAAGAGAGAAGCCCACAUUCCUUAAUGUGAAAGUACACUUUGAAACUCUUCACAAAAAUUUUAUCUACAAGUUGCAGCUUGAGUGGUUUAUCUUCAGAAAUAAAAAUCCAACUACUCUCAAGAUGUCAGCUGCUUUGGAAGUUUUUCAGUUCUUUUGGAGACAUGCUUCCCCAUCCCUUCAUAUCUUUUCAGUUGCUUGUCGAUGACUGCUCCA